GCCACAGCUAGCUGGCCGAACAAAGCGGAUGAAAGACCACGCUGCUGCUGUCACUUGUAACAUCAAAGUUGCCAUCAUCGUGAUCGCAUGCCCGACGUGUUAGCUCCCCCUCUUCGAACAUAAGUAGGCGCUCCACCUCCGAGUCGUGUGUUCUCCACACUCCUGCUGGCGUUGGGGCGUGUGCCAGUCGCCAGCGUUUUACUGCAUCCCAUUGCUAGUGCUAGCUCCCGCGCUUCUCCCAAUACAAGUACGGUGUCCGUUCUCCCCGGCGCGCAUGGCCGCCGUUGCUAACGACGACACCAAGCUCACCAUCGUCCUCGGCCCGCCCACCGCCUCGCCGGGGUCCAAGGAGACUACCGGCGGCGACGACGACGUCACUGCCACGGCCGUGUCGUCGUCGCCGGCGCGGCGGGAGCGGGACGUCCAGUGGCUGCGCGCCGCGGUGCUGGGCGCGAGCGACGGGCUGGUCUCCACGGCGGCGCUCAUGCUCGGUGUCGGCGCGGCGGGCGGCAACGACGACGACGACGACCUGCGCACCGUCGUCCUCGCGGGCGCGGCGGGCCUCGUCGCGGGCGCCUGCAGCAUGGCCAUCGGCGAGUACGUGUCCGUGCACGCGCAGCUGGACGUCGAGCUGGCCGAGCUCGCGCGCGCGCGCGCCCGGCCGGCUGCGGCGGGGCUCCCGAGCCCCGGGCGGGCGGCGGCUGCCUCGGCGCUGGCGUUCGCGGCCGGGGCGGCCGUCCCGCUGUUCGCGGCGUGGUUCGUCACCGGCUACAGGGCGCGGGUGGCGGCGGCGGUGGCGACGGCGACCGCCUCGCUCGCGGUGUUCGGCUCGCUGGGGGCCGUGCUGGGCCGCGCCCCCGGUGGCCGGGCCGGGCUGAGAGCCGUGGUGGGCGGGCUGGUGGCCAUGGGGAUCACAUAUGGGCUCAUGAAGCUGUUCAGAAUCCAUCAUGGUGUUUGAUGGGCCAGAAAUG